ACACACACACACACAAACGCAAAACCACCAACACUUCUGUAACCCUUCUGUCCCUACGCAUGCUCUCGGAGCUCCGGCUCCUUUAUACGGAGCUCUAGCGCUCUCUCUCUCUCUCUCUCUAAAAUAGUUUCUCUCUCAAUCAUUUUCCUAUCAUCACCUCUCUCUAUAUAUAUAUAUAUACACACAUAUCUAUAUACCUGCAACGUUUCUCAAAAUUUUCUUAGAUCUUAAGCUAUAAUAUUAAUGUCGAAAUCUUGGGGACCUAUCGGUGCAUCAUGGGCUGCCGAAGCCGAGCGAGAGGAGCAAGAGCAAGAAGCCGCGGCAGCCCUGGCGGCGGCGUCCGGCGGAGAUUCGCAGAGCUUUCCGAGCCUGAAAGAAGCGGCGGCAACGAAACAGAAGAAGAAGAAGAUGUCUCUGCAAGAAUUCGCGAUGCAGACUUCGAGCGCACGAGGGCUCGGAGGCCGGAGAGAUUCGCAGGGUUUGACGCCUCAAGAGAUGCUCCGCCUCCCGACUGGGCCCAAGGAGCGCUCCGAUGAGGAAAUGCAGUACGGCCGCCUCGGCGGAGGCUUCUCCAACUACGGCCGCUCCGGCGGCGGUAUGCCGAAUCGGAAUCGUGAUCGAGAUGCUGAUGGUGAUACUUCUUGGGGUGGUGCUGGUGGUGGUCGUAGAUCUUAUGGUGGAUUCGAUGAUGAUCGUAGAGGUUCACCUAGGGUUUCGGAUUUUGAUCAAACAUCUAGGGCUGAUGAGGAUGAUAAUUGGGCAAUGGGGAAGAAAUCGAUGCCUUCUUUUGAUUCUGGGCGUUCUGGUCGGUAUAGUUCGCUGGGUGGUGGUGGAGGUGGAGGUGGAGGUAUGUCUAGGGCUGACGAUGUUCAUAAUUGGGCGGCUGGGAAGAAGCCAAUUGGGCUAAGAUCUUCGAAUUUCGGUUCGAAUUUCCGCGAUUCGGGUCCAGAACCUGAUCGAUGGACCAGAGGAGGGUUUCGUGAUGGAGACCGGGAACAAGAACGUGAACGCCCUCGAUUGGUAUUGGAUCCGCCGCGAGUUGGGGAAGCUGUUGUUGAGAAUGUGAAGACCGCGAUAACUACAUUGAAUAAGCCGAACCCGUUUGGGACUGCGCGGCCUAGGGAAGAUGUAUUGGCUGAAAAGGGUCUGGAUUGGAAGAAACAGGACCUGGAAAUUGAGGCGAAGAAAACGAGUAGGCCAACGAGCUCGCAGUCUAGCAGGCCUUCGAGUGCACAAUCAAGCCGGUCUGAGGGUCCAGCAUUGCAGUCAAGGCCAAAGGUGAAUCCUUUUGGGGAUGCUAAGCCUAGGGAAGUCUUGCUUGAAGAGAAAGGUGUGGAUUGGAGGAAAAUUGAUUUGGAAUUGGAGCGUCGUCGUGUUGACAGGCCUGAGACAGAGGCAGAGAAGAAUGUGAAAGAAGAAAUAGACCAACUAAAGAAGGAACUGGAGAAAGAAUCUGCUAAAAAUGCUAACAGGGAAUCCCUGGAAGUGUCUGGUGAAGGCCAAACCAGUUUACAUGAUAUAAUACUUGGUAAAGAAAGGGACUUGGAACAGUUGAUCCUGGAAUUUGAUGAAAAAGCCCGCUUUGUUCAGAAAACCAUUGACAGGCCGGGUUCUGGAGCAGGCAGGGUUUCUAGCUUUCCUGAGAGACCUCCUUCUCAGUCUGGAGCAUUUGAAGAGUCUAGAAGUAUGGAAUUCAUGGAAAGGCCUCGAUCACGUGGCACUGGAGAUAUGUGGUCAAGGCAGGGUGAUGAGAUAAGAGGUUUUCAAGGUGGCAGAGAAAGAGGAUUUCUGGGCAACAGAGACAUGGACAGGCCAAGGUCGAGGGAUAGAUGGUAAGCGCUCCAGACGGUGUGGAUUCAUUGAGUUUCUCUCUUCUACUUUUGACAAUUAGAACAAAUAAUAUUUUGUCAACUUACUUUUAAUUUAUUUUUUCUCUUUGAUUUUGCCCUGCGGAGUGGGGCUAGAAUUAUUGAGUACGAACUCUUGCGUUGAUCUAGUGUUACAGAUUGGAGCACUGUAAAAUUGCAUUUUUUUCUUCCCUUCUUUUCAGUCAUGUCUCAAGGCAACAAGCCUGUUUUGUUUAUUGUUGUUUUUUUUAGGUACAUCGGAAAGUUGUUUUGUUUAUUGUUGUUAAGACUCUUAAUUUGUGAUAUGAUAUACAUUCAUGGCUUCUCUCUCUCA